AUGCCUGGGUUGCUGCUGCCUGUGCCUCAGCAGCAGCAACAGCAAAAGUUUUGCGGAGCAACUGGCCGUCAGACAGACGGGAAAGAGCACCAGCAGCAGCAACAACAGCAGCAGCAGGAACAGCAGCAGCAGCAGCAACAACAACAGCAACAACAACAGCAACAACAGCAGCAGCAACCAGAGGGCAGCCAAGCUGUGGGGCCCGCAUCGCAGGAUGUAGAGAAUCCAGAAGCACAGCAGCAAGAGAGACACGGCGAACAGCAGCAGCAGCAGCACGAGCAGCAGCACGAGCAGCAGCACGAGCAGCAGGACGAGCAUCAACAACAAGAGCAGCAACAGGAGCAGUACCAGCAGGUGGACAGCCAGCAGCAGCAGCAGCAGCAGCAGCAGCAGCAGCAGGGCCUCAAGCUGCUAGAAGAGUUGGCUGAAUUAAUAGUAGAGGGGGAAAACUGCUGCUGCGAUGAGGCGCUGCUGCAGCAGCUAAAGUGCUGCAGGCGUUUGCUGCUAGCCGAGUAUCAUCUUACGGAGGUUCUGGGGUGUAUACGCAGCUCUACAGCAUGCCCUCCUUUGCCUCUAUUCGAGUACAUGUUGCUGCUGCUGUUGCUGCUAGCUUUGCUGCAGUUGCUGCGGGAGCUUUGUUUGUCCUGGGAGGAGGCUCAGGCUUUAACAGCACCACCUUAUUUGCUGCAGCAAGCAGCAGCAGAGGCAUUCAAAGCAGCACACCACAAGCAUGGAGACGACCGCCCCGUCAGCAGCAGCAGCAGCAGCAGCAGCAUUGGCAGCAGCAGCAACAGUAGUAGCAGCAGCAUCAUCACCAACAGCAGCAACAUCAGCAGCAGCAGUAGCAUGCGUUCUGUGUGUAUAUGCGCCAUUAUGGCUUAA